AUGGCAGCAACCUCAUCGGAGACACCUCCUCCUCCUCUUCACCUCAAACAGGACACAAACGUUGUUAUGGGUUCUUCUUCUCCUUUGUUCAGCCCAUCCUCCGAUAAACGUUUCUGGAGCACUCUCCAGAGCAGGAUUGACACGCUUCUUGAUGGUGAUAAUCCCUCUACUCACACCCGUAUGGUUAGUAAUGAACAAGGAAACCAGUUGAAGGAAGAUUCCUUGUUACUGAUCAGAGGUUUUGACUCAGUUGCCCAAACACUUUCUCUGUUGUCUAAUAAUUUGGACAAUGCUCUACAGGGUGCCAGAGAAUUAGCUCAUCCACCCACUUUAACUGAUAUAUUCCACAGCAAAUUUAAUAAGGCAGAAAACAAAGAAGAAGAGGAUUCAGGAGAGCAACAGAAAGUGGAGGAGUCAAAGCAAGGAACAAAAAGGAAAUGUGAUCACAAUGAUUUCUCCGAAGAAGUUGGCAUUCACUCACAAACGGAGAAUGGGCAAAAAAUGCAAUAUAGGAACAUUAAGAAAGCAAAAAAUCUUGCAGUUUCAAUGGCAACAAAAGCAGCUUCACUUGCAAGAGAAUUGAAGUGUGUUAAGUCAGAUCUAUGUUUUAUGCAAGAAAGAUGUGGUUUGCUUGAAGAGGAGAACAGGAGACUGCGUGAUGGAUUUGAAAAGGGAGUUAGGCCUGAGGAAGAUGAUCUGGUGAGGCUUCAGCUGGAAGCCCUUCUUGCUGAAAAGUCCAGAUUGGCCAAUGAAAAUGCAAAUCUCGUUAGAGAAAAUCAAUGCCUUCACCAGCUUGUGGAGUACCACCAACUUGCCUCCCAAGAUCUAUCAGAAUCGUAUGAGCAUGUUAUCCCGGGAAUGUACUUAGACUUCUCAUCUCCACCGCCGACAAUUGCUGAAGAUGGCGAUGAUGACAAAAAUUGAGAACCAAACACAACCCGGAACGAUGUCUACAAGUUUUCUACUACUUCACUUGAUGAUGGAGAAGAGUAA